UUAGUAGUCCUCAUGGGCUGCUUCUUGUGUUUCAACAGCCAACUGAAAAUUCCAAGGAGCUGAUUGGAUUCCAAGGAUAACAAAUGACGAGAGAGAUUCUUGUUUGGUGCAGGUGAUGUACGAGAUCAUGAAGGAGAUGGUAGAGAGGGCAAUGGAGACAGGUUCCGUGGGCAAUGAUGUAGUCUUUGAUGCAGAAGACCGAGAGCUCUUCCGGAAGUGGAAGGGGUUCGCCCGCCAUGACCACCCUUCCGUGAUCCAGGUUCUACUCCAAAGCAGCAAAGAUUCGGAUAUCAUGGGAAACGAGUUGCCCAAUCUGAUCUACGUCUCCAGAGAGAAACGCCCGUCUUCUCAUCAUCACUUCAAAGCCGGGGCUCUGAAUGUCCUGACGCGCGUGUCGAGCGCCAUGAGCAACGCCCCGGUGAUCCUGACCUUGGACUGCGACAUGUACUGCAACAACCCUCGCGCUCCUCUCCACGCGCUCUGCUACUUUCUGGACCCUGCCGUCUCCGCCAACCUCGCCUUCGUCCAGUUCCCCCAGUGCUUCCAUGGAAUCAACGAGAACGACAUCUACGCAAGCGAGUUGAAGCGUGAGUUCAGGAUUACUCCCAGGGGAAUGGAUGGACUCCGGGGACCCACCUACGCCGGCACCGGCUGCUUCUUCUCGCGACGCUCUUUGCAUGGCACCGGCUCGCCGGCUCACCGUGGCUCGUCGGCUUCGGAGUCCGCACUGCAGAAAGCCGUGGAAGCGGCUGCCUGCUCCUUCGAACUCGGCACCAAAUGGGGAUCCUCGAUUGGGUUCCGAUACGGGUCGCUCGUGGAGGACUUCCACACGGGUUAUCGGCUCCACUGCGAGGGAUGGAAGUCCGCGUUCUGCGACCCGGCGAGGCCGGCGUUCCUCGGCGACGGGCCGAAGAAUCUAAAUGAUGUCCUUAGCCAGUGCAAGAGAUGGUGCGUGGGCCUCUACGAAGUGGCCUUCUCGAGGUUUAACCCCCUCACCUUCGGCAUCACCAAGGCUUCGUUCUCGAUGGGCUUAAUCUAUGCGCACUAUGCAUGUUGGGGCACCUGGUGCGUACCCAUCACAGUAUACGGCCUUCUUCCACCGUUAGCUCUCUUGUAUCAGACGCCCCUCUUCCCCAAGGUCUCCGAUCCAUGGUUCUUCGUGUACGCCUACCUCUUCACCGCAGCCUAUGGCCAAGACCUCGUCUUGUUCCUCGCAGAUGGUUCGACCAUCCGGAGGUGGUGGAGUGACCAGAGGAUGUGGAUGACCAGAGGCGUCACAUCUUUUCUUUUCGCAACCAUCCAGUUCGGGCUCAACCACAUCGGCAUAUCUGCACCGGGGUUCAACGUGACAAGCAAAGUGACGGAGGAGGAGCAGAUCGAGCGGUACAAGAGAGGGGUCCUCGACCUGGGAACGCAGUCGCCGUUCUUCGUGGUACUCGGAACCGUGGCCGUCGUCAACCUGAUCUCCUUGGCGGUAGGGAUCACGAGGGCUGCGACGUCGGAGGGGUUCCUCGACGAGCAGUUCGCGCAGCUGUUCCUGUCGGGCUUCGUCGCCGCCAACUGCUGGCCUAUCUACGAGGCCAUGUUUCUGAGAAGCGAUGGAGGAAGGAUGCCGAGGAGCGUCACCGUCAUCUCCUUGACGGUAGCAGGUCUUCUUCUCUACAUGGGGUAUCUCGUCUACCACGUAUGAGAGACUUGUCAUCAUAAUGGAGUAAGGUUAAUGUCUACUUAAUAUAUGUUCGAUCUGAGUCAGUCAAUGCCGGGCAGCUGUUGCAUGGCACUAUCGUUAUUAAAGUCUUUGAUGUACUUUAAUUGAAUGCACUCAUUGGGUAUUGUGGUG